AUGGAGACUGUCAAGAACGCCGCCAACUACGUCGCUGAGACCGUUCAGGGCGCCGGUGCCACCGCUUCCAAGGAGGCCAACAAGGAGGUCGCCAAGGACAACAACGCCAGCCUCGGCACUCGUCUCUCCGCCGGCAAGGACGCCGUCGGUGACAAGUUCGACGAGACCAAGCACAACACCCAGGCUGAUGUCCACAAGGAGUCUGCCAAGCACUAA